UUUAACUCUUGUAAUAUCUGAUGUAUUUGAGUUGAGAAUUCCAAAAUGAAGAGAGUUGAGAUUUUCAACCUAUUGGUAAUGGCUCUAACAUUUUUGGCAAUAGUGCCAAAAAUUGAGGGUCAAGUAAGACCUACUGCACUAACAAACCCACGCCCACUUUGUCCUUCUCAGUUUGCACUAGUAAACUACGCAUGUGGAAGAUUACCGUUCAGACCGGGGGCACCACCUGGGCCUCCGCCUGCACCUCCAUCACCGGAUGAUGAUGGUGGUGACGAUGACGGUGGCAAUGACGAGGGACACAGAAACAACCACCACGACCAUGGACACGGACACGGGCACAGUCGCAGACAUAGACACAGGCAUAGGCAUCACCAAACCCAAGAGGAAGAAAAUUGCUGCCGAUGGGCUAGAGAAGUGGACAGCCAAUGUGUUUGUGAACUCCUUGUUCGUUUGCCACCAUUCCUGGUUAGGCCUUUGCAUAUCUACACACUCACCAUUGGUGAAGACUGUGAAAUCACUUACUCCUGUGGUGGCCCAAUCUGAUUCUCAAGCUUGUGUUAGUUCUAAAGCAUAGUACAGUUACUAUUAUCACAUGAGUUUGUUUACUUGUUUUAAGUUUUUCAUCUUAAUGUUAUAGUAUGUCAAAAAAAGAAAGGUUUAAGGUUAUAGUUAUGUUUGUUGGUUCCUAAAGUAUUGUUAUUUAAGGUUUAAGGUUUUAGUUAUUGUUUGUGGUUGGUUCCUUAAGUAUUGUUAUUUAGCUUGUGCUACUGUUUACUCUCAUAACCACUACCAU